AUAGUUGUACGUAUCUUGGCAAUAGCCUCAAGCUUGCUAUCUCUCCGCGAACUCUCUCUCUCUGGGUUCAAAAGACUCACUUUGACUCGCACUUGUUGAUUGAUUCAGCAUUUCACACGAAAUCUAUCAUUGUUCCGAUCUCAGACGCAUAAAUUGCAGUAUUACAACAUGUUAGGGUUUCCAGAUUCCAUGGAUUUUGAGAAGAAACGAAUUCAAUUUCUGUUCUUCAUCAUUGGCAUAAUCGCUCUCAGUUUCACAGCUGACAAAUGUAGGCACCUGGUUGGCGAAGAGGCUUCAUCUAAGAGUGGGAAGUUUACAAUUUUAAACUGUUUCGAUGGGAGUUCAGGAACUGUGGCAUGUGCGGUGAAGGAAGGUGUGAAGAUCUACUUCUACAAUAUCAGAGCUGCUCAUGUCGAGGGAGCAAGGCAUAAAGCAAUUGAACAAGCGCUAGUUGAUGCUUUGUCACAGGGCUUGGCUCCCAAAGAUGCUGCUAAACAAGCCCAGAAAGAAGCAGCAAAAGCGGCAAAACUUGCAACCCGACAAGCCAAACGCAUCAUAGGCCCUAUAAUCUCUUCAGGAUGGGAUUUUUUUGAAGCAAUUUACUAUGGGGGUACAAUGACAGAAGGGUUUCUCCGUGGCACUGGAACCUUGUUUGGAACCUAUGCUGUUGGUUUCCUUGGAGAGCAAAGGUUUGGGAGGUUUGGUUAUUUGAUUGGGAGCGAAUUGGGAAGUUGGGUUGGAGGAAGAAUUGGAAUAAUGGCAUAUGAUGUUGUCAAUGGAGUGCAUUUCUUACUUCAGUUUGUUCAACCAGAGGAAACUAAAGUUUACGAGACUCCUGCUUUUGAAAGUUCCGAUUCUGAAGCGGAGGAAACUAAAGUUUACGAAGCUUCUGCUUUUGAAAAUGCUGAACAUUCACGAGAUUCGUACGUGCAUGAGGCAUUUGAAGACUCCAAUAAAGAUUCACAAGAUUCGUAUGUGCACGAGGCAUUUGAAGACUCCAAUAUUUAUGAAUCUCCGUCUUAUGAGCGCUCUGAAGCGCAUGAAGAGCUUUGAGCUUUUGAUGAUUAUAAUCUUUUUUCUUGAAUGUGUUAGUCAGUAGACGGUGUUUGAUGAUUUGUCAUUGAAUAUUUGUGUAGAAAUUUACAGAGAGGUGGUGCUGUUGUAUAGUUUGUUUUUGUUUGCAUGGGAAAUUCUAUUAUGGUCUUUCGGGCAGGAACCUAGAUUAGUGUGUGCGCUAGUUUUUCAAAAUAACAUGAAAUUUAAAUGGUUAACGAGCUUUUGUGGAAGGAAA